CCGAUUUUUCAUGGUCAAUUAAGGGUGAUAACGAAACAGUCGAAUGGUUGGGCAACGGUGACCAUAAAGCAUUUAAGGAUAAAAGCUAUUAUGAACUAAAAGAAGAUUAUGCCAUAGCACGUACCUAUCGUUGUGUGGCCAAUAAUACAGCGGGUGCUGGUACAUUCUGUGAAAUCGAAGUUGCCGCUACUCAUCCAUUUAUCAUUUGGUGGAAAGAACAACUUGCAUGGUGGCAGCGUUGGGAUACAACAACAUUAAUCAUUCUGGUGGCCAGUAUAUUGGUUCUACUGUUGGCUGUCAUUAUUAUUUGUUGUAUUAUUAUUUGCAUUUGUCGUCGUCGUAGACGUCAGGAUAAAUAUCGUACUGAUGUUUCUAUGAGUGCUACACACAGUGUUUUAUCAUAUCAACCGCAUAUGCCGCAAGUGUUAUCAGCCAAUACGGUAUUGCCCGAUACACUUAAGGUGCCCAUUAUAAGCAAUAUGUUACUGCCGGCCAUGGCCGGUGGUCAAUGUAAGGAUAAUGUCAAUAGUGUAAAAGCAACACCCAUUAUGAUACAAACAACAGCAACACAAUCAACAACACCCAUACAAACAACGCCCAUACUUACAAAACAUUUAAGUAACACCACAGCAACAAACACAUUAACAUGUAGCAAUAGUGGUAGUGGCAACAAUAAUAACAACAAUGAUAAUACAAAUAAUACAGAUAUAUUGCAACAUAUAAUAAAUAGCACUACAACAGCAACUACUGUCAACAAUACCUCCACUACUAUUACAACACCGCCAACAACAACAACAACUACUUUAGUUACUACACCCACACUAAGUGUACGCUUAGGUGGUGCGGGUGCACAGAUACCCAAAUCACCACCCCGCUGGCCAUUGAGACCAGGUGUUAUGGUGCAUGUCAGCAGUGAUACUAAAGAAAAUUUAGCCGUUAAUCGCAUGACUUUAAAACCGACUGCUACUUUGGCUAAUUUGACAGCCAACUCGACAGUAAAUGACAGUUCGGUAUCUUCAUCAACACUUAAUAAUAGUGCUGCCACCAAUACAACACAAACAACAUUACUCAAUGUCACUAGACCAUCUUCAGCUACCAUGACUCUGGGACGUAUUGGUAGACAAGCUAAUAUACAGCAACAGCAACAACAACAACCACUGCAUGACCAGCAAGAUUUACAAGCACUUAAGGUGGAGGCUAAUGAGCACGAUAGCAGCAGUAAACAGCAAUUAUCAUUAUGUCAAACUUUACCUAAAAGAGAUGCAUUAACAGAGGAAGCAAAUACUUUGGAAUUAACUCGUACACAUGAAAAUGAUGAGGAUAUACAACAACAGGAAAUAGCAACUAAUCUAGGAAAUCCUUCAAACGAAACGGAAAUAACACAUUUGAAUGUUAAACUUUCAAAUUUCAAAAAAGUUGAGCUUUUCUUUAGUAAUAUGUUUUUCAAAAGAUCCACUAAAACCGAUGGCUGUCGUGAUAGUCAAAGAAGUCAUGUGGGUUUAUUGGGUGGAAAAUUUUGGAAACGUUCAGAGGCCACCUCGUCUCAACGAACUAGCAAAUCUCCUUUUAGCACGGAACAUCGUUUGAAAGGCAUACGCAGCAGUGGCAGUGUUACUUAUAAAAAAUGUGCUAAAACCACAGCCAGAAAAACUGACUCACACUUAAGUAGUAGCAACACAAUCACCACUACAACCAACACUUGCAUAACAUCUCAAAACAACAACAAUGAUACAGAAAUCUUAAAUACUAUAGGACUGAUCACAACCACAGCACAAGCUCAACAACAAACACCAGCCAAGACAACAACCAUUCAAUACACUCCACAAACAACACAAGAACAACAUCAACAACCACAGCAACAACACCCAUUACCAGUAUCAGUGAUCUCAAUGUCGCCUUCCUUAAAUAUCAAUCACCCUCCACAAAACAUAACCGCAGACGAACGCCAUGCCGCCGCCAUAAUGCCCAACGACAGAUCCGUAACAACGGUUAUACAAUCUAUACCAUCGACUAUAGUGUCGAGCCGCGUAAUAUCACGAAAUCCCAGUCAGAGUUCUGUUCAGCGCAAGGGUAUACUAAAAGCACCCACACCGCCACCACGGCCACCUCCCAUCAUACGAAUGGCUGUUACGCCUCUGAAGCGUUCAGCCAGUCAAACGGAGAAAUCGCAGAAAAUCGAAAAAGUUCAAACAGUACAAGAGAAGUCGUCUUCUAUGGCGGAUCCAUUAACGGAACCUGGAGAGUAUGAGAAUUUGCCCUUCCAUGGUCUACAAACGGCUCCUAACAAGUUUACUACUCCUACGACUCCUACAAAUUUUAAUAACAACACAAAUGUGGUGCGCAGUGUACCACGACCCAAGAGACUCAAUGGAAAUAUCAGCCAAAAUACAGGAACAGCAGCAACAACAAUACAAGCAAACUAUUACGAUGAACAUGAAACGGAAACACAACAGCCACAUACACAACAGUAUUAUCAUCAGCAGCAACAACAACAAUACAGUACCAUGCCCUACAAUCGCCAUCCAGCAACAACCAAUGCAUCAGCAACAUUGCCUGGUAUGCAGACAUUAAUGCCAAAUUCAACAGCAGCAAAUAUUGUUAGAAAUGAUGCCGGUAUUAUAGUGCAUAAUGGCAGCAACAAUUCAACAAUAGCAACAGCAACGACAAACACAAAUCCUCAUCAAAUGACAUAUAAUCUCAAUAAUUGCUUUCCCAAAAGCUACACAGAAUACUAUCAGCAACAACAACAGCAGCAACAACAACAACAGCAACAUCCUCAUUCUCAACAGCAGACUCAUCAACAAUUUUCACAAAAGUUUAAUAAUGCAGGUGGCAUAGCUGGCGCCUCCUCUCAACUGAUAAAUGCAAUUGAACAUGAUUUCAAUACAUACGCUGUGGUCGAACGUCAACAGCCGCAACAAAAAUCAACAAAUCCCUUUUUGGCUGUUAGCAAUUUCAAGAAAUUCGAUACAUCUGGUGAUGAUGAUCUGCAGACGGGAAAUUAUCAGACAGCUUCCAUGAAAAGACAAGGAAAACGUAAAACAUUUGCCGAUAAAUUGGAGGAUAAACGUUUCUAUUCUUUGAAAUUCACCGGCAACAGUAACAAACAGAAACAGCAGCAGCAGAGCAACAAAUCAUCAGCAGCUGCCACAGCCUUAAAUAUCAAUCACUCAUUUAAUGGCUCUACCGCCGCAGGCUCAACUGGAGGAGGAGGAGGAGUUUUCGGUUCACUAUUGUCUUCAACGAAUAAAUGUAAAAGACAUCAUUCUUUUGCUGGUGGUAGCCUUGGCGAUAUUGAUCCCAAGGGCCCUGUAAGAAAUCCUCAUAUGAAUUUCUAUGAUCCUCCCGCUUAUGAGAAUGUUAAUGAUGCCGUGCAAGUUCAUAAUGCAGCUGUUAGUGAUAUGGAAUUACCUGAGGGUCUAAAUGGUUCCGCUCAAACAGCUACUGUUGUAUUACAUCCCUUGCCGUAUGGCAUUGCGGGAGGAUCACAGGGUCCUAAGAAAAAACAUCACCAACGCCAACACCAGCCUAAAGAGGAUUUAAAUCUUAUAGAACCCGAACGUCUGAGUAUAUAUCGCAGUGACUCGGGCAUUUCGAAUUCAUCAUAUGAAUGUGUAACACCCUUGCCCUCUAGCACACAGACACCGGGCAGCACUCCACCUCCGGGUAAAAUGCCUAGAACUCCUAAAACCCCAAAAACUCCCAAGGGUCAUAAAAAUCAAACUCUGGCUCAUACAGCCGUAACCGCCCAUUUUAAUUCGUCACACAAAAAACCGGCUCCCCGAGUGCCUCCCACUCCUCUCUAUAUGAAUGUUAAUGAUCAGCAACCACCUCAGCAGCAUAACUCUAACAAUAUCUCUAAUUUAGAAAGGCCUUCCUCACCCUCUUCAACUAUGGCCACCUCGGCCUACGAGUCCGCCUCAUCAUCACAAAAUGACAACACCUGCAAUGAUCCCAUUUCUCUGUCCUCCACUACAUCUCUGUAUAGCGGCGGUGGAGGUAAUAAUAAAUCUUCAUUAAGCGCUAUCAAUCAGCGUUGUAAUCGUCAUCAGCAACCACCUGAAAUCUCAACACCGGAAGAGUUUGAACAAUAUCAAUUGGGCCAUCAUGCCCAUGCUCAUUCUUCUUCCUCACUUUCGGUGGCUAGCAGUGUUAGUGCUAGCGGCAGUAAUGCUGGAGGAAGAGUUAAAUGUAAAAAGCAACAACAACAGCAGCAGCAAAGACUUAAUGGUCAGGGUGCUCUUAUUAAUCAUAUGGAGCUAAACAAACGCAAAUCCCUUGCAAAUAAUCCAUUUUUAGCAACAAAUCCUGCCGCCGCCACCGCCACCACCUGUCAUAAGAAAUUACAUCGACGACAGACUAUCAGCGACCCCUACGCACAUAUCAAGCACAUCAACGAAUGUCGACGACAAUCUAAUAACAACAACAUCAAUAACAUCAGCAGCAGCAGCAGCAACAACAAUAAAACCUACAAUUAUUGCACCAAAUCCGCGAACGCGUUCAAGGCAGCAGCAGCAACAACAACAACAGCCAAUGACACCCAAUCAUCAACAGCAUGUAGCCCUUAUAAAUCACAACAACAACAAACUGGCCUACAACAAUACAACAAAAAUCAACAAUCUACAUCAUCAUUAUCAUACUCCCCAGCAUGUAAUACAGUUGCAGCAGCAACAAUAACAACAACACCAUCACACCAACAAUUUGCCACACAUCAUCAACAACAAAUGCUAAUGCACAAAAAUGCUACCCACAACAAUAACAACAACAAUUGUAAAAUUGCUUUUGAUGAUAAGAAGCGAACAUAUAAUGAAGUCAUCAUACAUGUUGAUGAUAAUGAGUAUAAUGUUAACGCUGUCGCUACCAAUGCCACCCAUAAGUAUAAGGAUAAGGGUGAACAAACAUUUAGUCAACCACAUCGGAGCUUAAAUUGUGAUGUGGUGGAUAGUGUAGAAAAAAAUAAGAGUUAUGUCAAUCAAGUGGUUAGAAAUGGUCAUAAUAGAUGUUUGUCUAAUAACACUAAACAAUAUCCAACAUUAGAAGAUAACACAAAUACAGCAAAAGCAACAACAACACCUUCCCAAAUAGAGGGUUUUAUGGAACGUCCUGUUAAAUUACCUUUACGUAAAUAUCAUAGUUUUCAUUUUCAGCCCACACAAACAGUGGCUGGCCAACACAUGUGUAAGCUACAACAAUUUAGGUUGCAACAGCAACAACAACAAAGUUCAUUAGAAUCCCAAGACUCCUCACCAGAUAUUUCUAGUACUCAACCUUAUGCUAAGCAGGGUCCUUUAGUAUUUCGUCCCUAUAAACUCGAUGAGAAUGUUAGUUUUAAACCCAUACAACCUUCUGAAGAAAGUGAGGAUUCUAUUGACUAUGUUAGGGAAUAUGUGGGCACCGUUGAGAUGUUUCUAAAAGAUGAAGAGAAAUAUAUGGACUCGGGUGACUUUACAAAUUUAACACAGCGUUUAAAACGACAAGAAGACUUUCUUAAUGAUCCCUAUUCUUCGCAAACUUCUGAGGUAGAAGAGGCUAGUUCUAUAAGUUUAAGGGAAUUUAAAGGCAAUUCGCAAACCAACCCUCUAUAUGAAGAUAUACACUUCACAUCUCAAACCUUAGCUCAGGCAAGCAAAGAUUCUCUUGAAACAGUUAAGCCUAGAAGAGAGGAUAAUGGCAAUGCUCAACAUAUUAUUAACUCUCCACAAGCUCUUAAUUUACUUAAAUCCGUUACAGAGACCGAUUCUUGUUUAAUGAAAGAUGAAUCUGCGCAGAAAUCUCUCCUGAAAACUGUCAUAGAAACUGAUACUUAUCAAAGUGAGGCAGAAGAAGAGAAAGCUUGCCAAACUUCAGCAACAAAGGUUGAAACACCUAAGCAUUUGGAGCGGGAAACAACUUCUAAUUCCCCAAAAGUCUCCUCAUUUAAAAGAUCGAAUCAAAGUACCGCUUCUGCAAAGGUAGAGCCCGAUUACUCGGUGGCUCGAUGUGUCCGUAAGGAAAGUUUCAAGUCUCCCAAUUCACCAAAAGUUUCCUCCUCUUCCUCCGUACAAUUCCAUUCCCAGGAAUCUGUAGAUAGUGGUAUUAAUAGUCAAGUUUAUAGAACCUCUUCAAACAGUUGUGUUCGUAAUGAUAGUAUAAAGUCUUCAGGCUCUUCGAAUGUAUCCAAUUUUUCCAAAACUCCACAAAAUUCUUUAGAUAGUGAGAGAAGAAAUGUUUUAUGUUCUUCUGAUAAUUCCAAUACUAAUCAGCUGCCUAUAAAGGCUCAAGUUCAUAAAGAUUCCAAAAAUAUCAAAGAGUAUUUCCAAAACUCUCCAAAAGUUUCCACUCUUUCUAAAACUUUCAAAAAUUCCGAAAAUUAUGCUUUCUUUAUGGAUGAGAAUAGAAAUGCUCAAAGUCAGUUAAUUUCAGAGGAUUCCCUUAAGUCUACAAACUCUCCAAAGGGGUCUAUUUCUUCCAAAAUCUCCAAAAAUUCUGAAAAUUAUGUUUUAGACAUGAAUGAGAAUAGAAAUUCUUCUAGAAAAUUGGCUUCAAAAGAUUUUCCUCAACCUUCAAACUCUACCAAAGUCACUACUAUUCACAGGCCUUCUCAGGUAUCUGAGCUUAAGAAAACAGAUCUUAAUGCUAAUAGUGAUAGACAUUAUAACACAAAUCCCGAAGAUUUUCCUAAUUCUCAAAAAGCUUUCCCUAUAAGUAGAUUAACUCAGGAUCACAAAACUCUCUUACACAAAGAUCAAUCACUCAAACAUUCCCCUCUGAGUAGCCAAACCGAUACUCGCAGCAUUACUACAAACUCUCCAAAACGUUCUACAACAUUUUUAGCUCGCAAAUCAUUAGUGUUUGAUUCUUCUGAGAGUAAAACAAAAGAUCAUGCAGAAAUCUCUCAAGUCCCCUUAGAAAAAGGCAUUUUAAGCGAACAGGACUUAGCCAAAGUUUUCAAGCCCUAUGAGCAACAGAGAACUACAAAAUCAAAUGAACACAAAGACUUAAACGCAUUAGACUCACCACGACCAGUUUCUACUGCUCUAAAUCCAGCAGCUUCUCUGGAAGCUUUAGAAAUGUUAACUAAAUCCAAUCCCGAACUAUGGACCAGUAAUCAAGCUGGUAGUAGACAUAACUUACAUCAGCUAGAACUGUUUCAUUCACUGCAACAGCAAAAUAAUAAGCAAUUAAGCAAAAACUCUGCAGCACAAGAGAAUGAGGAAGAAGAUUUAGGUUAUUCUUUUUGUGAAGAUGAAAACGAUGAUGAUGAUGAUGAAGAAUUAGUAGAAGAUCAGGAGGUGAGAACUACACCUGCUUCACCCCAUGUAAAUCUUAUAAUGGCCAACAAUGGUCAAACAGCCAGCCAAGUAAAAUAUGUUUUAACCCAAAAUCAUGGUGAGGUACAUAUUUAGUUAAACCUUAAUUAACUGUAAAUAGACUUUAAUAUAAAACUAAUAACAAGCAAAACAAACCAAAUCUAAGUAAAAGAAAGCCUUGGCUUAAAAAACCACAAAAUAGAAUUUUAUAUUAAAACUUAAAAAAACACAUAAAUAUAUUUUCUGUUUAUACACUGAAAGAAAAAAAUAUGUAAGGUAAAUAGUAAAUAAAAA